UAGGAUUACUAUCAAAUACGAUAAAAGGAGUUGGCGUCGCCCUUUCGUCGCACGGUACCCACUCGCCAGUCACCACCACCACCACCACCACCACCACCAGCGACCGAUCACACAAAACUGAGUUCAAAUUCCUUCUCAGUUUUUCUAUGUGAUGUGGAUUAGGUGACUGUAAUUUAAAAUAAAAAAGUGGACUUUUUUAUUUAUUGAUAAAAGGAGUAAACUAUGAACAAGAAAUCAAGCUGCUGUGCAAUUUGUGAGAACUCAAAUCGUGCUUCUAUUUGCACUGUUUGUGUCAAUUACAGAUUAAAUGAGUACAGUACAUUGUUGAAAUCGUUGAAGAGUCGUCGCGAUCUCUUGUAUUCAAGAUUGAGUGAAGUUCUUGUUGCAAAGGGAAAGGCAGAUGACCAAUUGAAUUGGAGAGUGCAUCAAAAUGAGAAGCUUGCAAAUUUGAGAGAGAAGCUCCUUCGAAGCAAGGAACAACUGAUUCAAGCCAAGGCUAAGACUGAGAAAAUGUCUUCUGAUUUGAAUGCCAAAUAUGGGUUGCUAGAAUCAUCUCGCAGUGCGUUGGAGAAAAACCGAGUGGAUCAACUGGAGAAGUAUUUUCCAAACCUUAUUUGUACUCAGAGUUUAGGACAUAUGGCAAUUACCUCUGAACUACUGCAUAAUCUAUCAGUUACAGUAAAACAGAUAUGCAAAUUGUUUCCUCAACGCCGGGUGAUUGUAGAAGGAGAGAAAAAGGACGGGUCUAGUGGCCAAUAUGAUCAAAUAUGCAAUGCACGCUUACCUAGAGGACUCGAUCCCCACUCUAUUCCAUCAGAAGAGCUUGCUGCCUCCUUGGGAUACAUGGUGCAACUUCUAAAUCUUGUUGUUCAUAAUUUGGCUGCCCCUGCACUUCAUAACUCAGGUUUUGCGGGUUCUUGCUCCCGAAUAUGGCAACGAGACUCUUAUUGGAAUGCUCGUCCUUCUUCUCGGAGCAAUGAAUAUCCCCUAUUCAUACCACGCCAGAGAUAUUGUUCUACUAGUGGUGAAAAUUCAUGGACUGACAGAAGCUCCAGUAAUUUUGGCGUGGCCUCAAUGGAAUCAGAGAGAAGGGCCCGGCUAGACUCUUCUCGAAGUAGUAGCUUCAAUUAUAAUUCUGCCUCCCCACAUUCAGUUGAAACACACAAGGAUCUACAGAAAGGGAUUUCACUUAUGAAGAAAAGUGUGGCAUGUGUAACAGCAUAUGGUUAUAACUUGCUUUGUUUAGAUGUGCCUGCUGAAGCAUCUACGUUUGAAGCAUUUGCAAAACUGUUGGCUACAUUAUCCUCUUCAAAGGAAGUUCGAUCUGUCUUUUCGUUGAAAAUGGCUUGUUCAAGGUCAUGUAAGCAAGUUCAAAAAUUGAAUAAAUCUGUAUGGAAUGUCAAUUCUAUCAUUUCAUCAAGCACUUUAAUGGAGAGUGCACAUGCACCGCAUCUUACGAAAAACAUAAAUGAUAAUAACCUUCGGAAUUCAGCUACCAGUUUUCUUUUUGCCAAUGAGAUAUCUGAUGCUGGGAAGAAUGAAAGCCUUAUUGAUGGAUGGGAUCUGGUAGAACAUCCCACUUUUCCUCCACCGCCAUCACAAACUGAGGAUGUUGAGCAUUGGACUCGAGCCAUGUUUAUUGAUGCCACAAAGAAAUAAUCUGGUGAAGGUUCAAAGGAGAAAUAAGUCAGGACAGCAGGGUGUUCAAAUCAACUUGUAAAGUUAUCAACUUGUCCUGGCCUUCGCGCUGCUGCAUGGUGUAAAUAGAGAAAAUCUAAAUAGGUGCGUACAUAUGUUGAUACAGGAGCUGUCAUUUUAUUCUUUUAGCUAGCUUUUCCCUACAUACAUGAUUCAUUAGGAUUUACUUUUAUUAUAGAAGUUGCUUUAGAAAUCCAAGGGAUAAUCUCAUACGAGUACCAACUUCUUUUCAACUCUUAGGACCCUUGUUAAUUUAUUCUUAGCCAUUGUACAAAUGUACAUACACUUCAUUAGGGAAGUUAUUAUAUGUGAUUGCUACAGUAUUUAAGCUUGUUUUGACACCCUUAUUCUAGCAAGAACAAGAAAAUGGCAUCCAGACUUUGUUUGGUGAUA